AAGAUUGCUUCCAUCCCAAGUGACAACCAUCUCUUCUUCCCCCACUUUCUCUCAACAUUUUCUCGGUCGUAAAAAAUUUUUCCCCAGAAAAGAAAACAUGGCCGUUUUGAAGAGGUCAUAUGGGUACUCAAAGGUGGAUAAAGAAGACCCGGAUGAGAUAAUUCAUCGAAGAGCUCAGUUCUUGAUAUUCAAAGCGCUGGAGAAAGUGGAUUCCAGGAGAAAACCAUCGUUCAUACCAAUCAGAUUGUGUAGGUUGAAGGUGAAGAUCGGGAGAAAAUUGAAGAAGCUAAGGAAAGCUGCGAUGGUUAGUGUUUCUGGUUUAAGAAUCGGCGCCUACGAACAUGUUUUGCAUCAGUUGAAAACUCGGAGGCGAUUGUUUAACCGUGGUGGUGGUGAUCAUGGAACCAAUGCCACCUUUCCUCGUCCUUUGUUCACUUAAAACAUUACACGCACGUACGUAUUUAUAAUUAUAUAUAAACGAGAUUUUCUCUUUAUUUGUUAAAUAGGAGAGUGAUCACGUUGUCUUCAUCUUGGAAUAACGAGUUAUU